AACGAUAAAAAUCAUGAGAAAUUCGUUCGAAUACUACGUUAUAUUGUUAUCGCUAUGUUGUCUGCUGCACCUUUCUGAACCAAAGAAUAACGUUAAUGGAAAGGCAAAAACGUCGAGGACACACAGUAAGAUAUUUGGAAAGCAUCCAAAUGGUGGGUUGAUCUCGUUCGAUUCGGAACAAGAAGAAUUUCGUAUUGAUUGGGCUGUAACUAUUCCUUUCCUUUCGAUACCGUUCGAACAUAAAAUAGGGGAGAAUGGUGAAUUUCCAUCGUUGUUUAACGUUAACACGAAAAGCCUUGGAAUUGUUGGAUUAAUGGCCACCCUGUUUAGAGUAGUUUCGCCAUUAUUCUCGAAAGCGCAUCCACAGUAUAAUUAUCGCUCGACGGAUAAUGGACAAUGGUUACAUAUAGGGAACGCAAUUAAUGAAAUGAUGUUCGGCAACGAUUACGUGGUUUCGUGCAUGCAACGUAUCGUUUGUUCGAUCGUCUCAGUAGCCGCGAAUUCGGAGAAUCCAACGAGUACAGAUAAAAUAAUCGAUGGAUUAUCAAGUCACAGCUGGUUCAAAGAUGUUACAAAUGGUACGAUCAUUCAAGAUGCUGUAAUUACCGGACGAAAGGGAAAUCAUAAUUGCGCUUACAUUUAUAAGGAUUGUUUAAUAACGCCGAAGCUUUUAAAAAGCGUAAUGGACGAGCUUGGGAUAGUGUGAUGAUGUAACGCAUACUCUCUAUUACUGUACAAAUACAGAAGGGAAUAUUUAUGUACAAAAAUGAAGGAACAUCGGCUUUUCACACUUCAAACUCACACUUUACCACGCUCAAGGAAAUACGUU